AUGGCUGACAAGGAAAGUCCACAACUCUCACAGGAUGACCUCCUGGCUCGAAUCGCCGAGCUGCAGGCGGAAGUACGAAGAAUAGCCGAAUUAUCUACUCAGAACAAUGGAGAAAGCUCCAAAAACUCGGCUCAAGGUGCUACAGACCCUUUGAACAUCGCCCCGCCAAAGGAGAAGCUCACCCUCAACAACCCCUUCUCCGAGGAGAUCACAAAUUAUCAGAUGCCAAAAAACUUUACUCUCCCAACCGCACUGGAGCCAUACAAAGGGUUCGGCAACCCCCGAGCCGACAUAAAGAAGUUCCAAUCGAUGAUGUUUUUCAACGGCCCUAAGAACGAGCCCGUCCUUUGCCGAGCAUUCCCUACCUACCUCGACGGUGCUGCAUUACUCUGGUUCUCUAAACUCCCUGAAGGAUCAAUUUCCUCCUUCAAAGACCUUGCCAGAUCAUUCAUCGAUUACUUUGCCGCGUCGAGAAUCUACGUACACGGAUCGGACUAUCUCGGUACCAUCAAACAAGGCCAGCACGAGAGCCUGAAAGACUACAUGACCCGAUUCGCUGACGCUACCAUGGAGAUCCAAGACUUAGACCCAGCUGUUCACCUGCACGCCCUCAAAGCCGGCCUCAGACCUGGUAAAUUCCGGGAGACCAUCGCCAUAACAAAGCCAAAGACGCUGGAGGAGUUCCGAGAAAGGGCGGCAGGUCAAAUGGAAAUCGAAGAACUCCGAGAAGCCCAAAAAUCGGACAAACAACCAAGUCGGAGAGACGAAGAAAGAAUUUUCAGAUCGUCAGUCAACAGGGACAGUAAGAAACCUUCCAAGCCCGCUUCAAAGUACAACACAUACACCAGAUUCAAUACGAGAAGAGAAAACAUUAUCAGAGAAAUCCUCAACGCCAAAAUCAUAAAGCCACCAGCCUGA